UGAGUUUGUUUCCACGUUAGGAGGGGGGCGACCGUCCUAUGAGGACAGAACCGGCCACACGUUGACAACCGUUACUCGCAUGUGCCUUUAACAAAGUGACGUAGCGAUGAACGUUCAACUCUCCCCUGUUGAGUUGUUUGGGUUAUGCACCGGAAGCGUUUUCCAACGACCGCCCUUGAGCGACAGCCACCCGAGUCGCUAUCCCCACGUGUUCUGCGUGAAAUCUUUCCGUGAAGGCCUUGGGCGCAGUGGGGACGCUGAGCGUGCGUGACCGACACAAGCCAGGACACAGGUAAGGACCCGGUUCUGGAGAAGGUCCUGCGCGCAGCCUUCCUGGCGAGCUUGGGCAGCUGCGACAGCGCAGGGGGGACCUGGGCCGGCGCCCUGCUCGCGGUCCCGGAUCAGGAAGCCUCUGGGCUGGCGGUGCUCUGCCCCGAGGCCAUCGAGGCCGGUCCCGGGACGCCCCAGCGGGGAUGCGGGGACGCGGGGACGCGGGGACACGGGAACACGGGGGACCCGGGACAUGGGGACCCGGGACCUCGGGGGCGCAGGGGCGCGCUCAGCGACCCGCCGGCCGCGCCACCUCCGGCCGCCGCGCCAGGACGGGGGCGGGACCCGCGGGGGACGUGGCGGCGCCACCCUUCCGGGGCCGGGCGGGGACACGCGCCACCGGGCCGGACGACGGGGGCGCUGAUCCGGAGACCCGGGGCCGCCUCCGCCCCGGCUGCGCCCCGCCCUGCGUCCCCGGGCCUGGCGAGGCCGAUCCGUCCCGGGGUCCUCAGCCCUGCGCGGCUGGGGCGCGGGAAGCGUGGCGGCGCAGGAGGAGCCGGGAGGCGGAGGGUCGGCCUGGGGAGCACGGUGCCCGGGGGUGGGGAGGGGGCCGCGACUCUGGUCCCCUCCCCACUCCAGCCUGCACAUCCGUCCGGGAGCGACCGGAGGGCCGAGUGCCCCGUGGGCGGCCUGGCCCCGAGGGGGCGCUCCUCGCAGGCUCCCCCCCUUUGGAAGCAGGGCCCACGGGCUCCACGGCGAAGGCCCCCUGCCCCUCGGUGAGCAGCUGGCGGAGGGGCCACCGCGGCCACGAACCAAACCGAAUGAGACGUUUGGCACAGCGGGUGUGCGGAGAUGAGCCCCGGGGCCAUCCUGCGGCCUCUUUGCUUCUCCCCUACUCGUGGUUCCGGAAGCGCACACGUGGUCAGACACUGGGUGUUGGACCCCUUGAGAUGCUCCCAGUAGGAAGCAAGGGUGACCGCUUCUCCACCUGACCUUGUCACCAAUGCCCGGCUCCCAGGCAGUGACCCUGGACGGAGAGCCCAGCAUCAGGAAGAAAUGCCACAGGAAACACCCCUGGUGCCAGGGGGCUCCCUGGAGGGACAGCCCUUCUCCUGGCCUCUUGUCAUAGAGGCAGAAGUCAGGGAGAUGGCCAUGGGGGACACGUGUGGGCAGUGUCCAGGUGUGGUCCUGUGCCUGAUGUCCGUGGGGCAGCUUGUCAUGGGGGGGGACCUUCUCCAGCGGCCUCACCCCCUGCGUGGCCAGCAGCUGUGGGCCAGCAGGACAGACCGAAAUCUAAAUACAGACUGAAAUCCCCACCAGUCUGUCGCCCUGACCCUGGUGACUCCAGGACUCUGAAAAAGCCAGUAUUUGUAUUUAGUAUCAUGUUUGCUUUCCACA